UGUUGUUCCUAUUCUCUGAUCAUGACAAGUGUAAGUUGUCGUCCACAAAAAGAAAAUAUAAAAGUAGAGGUGAAACUUUCUUGUAGGAAUUGGCCAUGCAGAGGAGCAAAAUUUUCAAAGAUCCUUAGCUAAUCAAUGAUCUUUCCACUUUAUUCAGCUAAUGAUUUUUCUAAAAUGACAGCCUCCCCACAAAACCAACCUCAUUAGCCACUUUCCCACCCGGUGGUACACCUUUUUGGAUUUCUGAUGGAGAACUAGUCAAUUCUUUCUAGCUUGGGAAAGAGGACAGAACAGAAGCUCGAUUUUCACGAGCAAAUUCCUAAUCCGUUCUUGUUUUUAUGGUCGUGGAACAUGCAUUUGUAGACCAGAAAAUGUGUAUAAACUGCUGUUGAUUACUUAACCUGACUGGUUUAAUUGCAGCAGAAAUUGAAGUCAUGGCUACCCAGUCAGCUGUCAUGCUCCCUGUCAUAGACCUUUUUGAUGAGAAUUCCAAGCCUGGAACCGCCUCUUGGGUCACUAAAUGCAAUGAUGUUCGACUAGCGCUUGAAGAAUAUGGCUGCUUCCUCACUCCUUAUGACAAAGUUUCUUCACAGCUUCAGGAUCAAGUCUUUAACUCUGUAAAACAGUUGUUUGCUCUUCCUACAGAAACGAAGGUUCAAAACACAUCUGAUAAGCCUUAUUUCGGUUACUUUAAACAUCCUUCCAUUCCUCUUAGUGAAAGCAUGGGCAUUGAUAACCCAACGAUUCUUGAAGGAACUCAAAGUUUCACGAAUCUCAUGUGGCCUAAUGGCAACAAAAUGUUCUGUGACAGUGUUCACUCGUACACAAAGCUAGUAUCCCAACUGGAUCGAAUGGUGAAACAUAUGGUGUUUGAAAGCUACGGUGUGGGGAAGUACUAUGACUCUCACAUCGAUUCCACCAGUUAUCUUCUUCGGCUCAUCAAAUAUAGAGUACCCGAGGAAGGGGAAACUGAUACCUCUGGCUUUCCUCACACUGACAAGAGCUUCUUGACCAUACUUCAUGACAAUCAAGUUGCCGGGCUUGAGACAAAAACUAAAGAUGGCAGGUGGAUUGCUGUUGAGCCCUCAGGUUCAAUGUUCAUAGUCAUGGCCGGUGAUGCAUUCUUGGCAUGGAGCAAUGGAAGAGUACACUCCCCAAUUCAUCGUGUGGUUUCAAAGGGCAAGAAGGAAAGAUAUUGCCUCGCAUUGUUUUCGUUUAGCAGUGCGACAAUACAAACACCAGAGGAGCUAAUUGAUGAGGCUCAUCCAUUGCUGUUUAAGCCCUUUGAAAAUAUUGACCUACUCCGAUUGUAUUCCCUUGAUGAUGUUCAGAAAUAUUCUCAAAUGUUUAAUGGCGAGACCAAGUCUGGCGCAUGAUUUAAGUAGUACCAUCACUUUUAAUCACAUCACAGGAACAAAUAUUAUAUUACAUUUCAACUUUCUUUUCAAAUAAUAGGGAUUAGUAGUUUUAUGAUCAGUUCAUAAAUUAA